AUUGAAUUUAUAGACUCUGACAUGAAUAGAGCCGAUGCACCAAUACAUUAUAGAUUAUAUGAAUAUUUAAUGAAAUCGUACAAUCCAAAGUUAUUACCUAUUAAAAAUAGCAAUUCACCCGUCACAAAUCAUCUUCGGAUUGACUUAUAUCAAAUUAUAGAAGUGGUUAGUUUUCAGGAUUUUACUCCAUUCUUUCUACUUUUCUUUAAAAACUUUCCCCUUUUGGCUCUCUUUUCUUUUUUUCGUUUGGAUCGCUAUUGUAUUUUAAAAAUUAUGUUGUCGUGGAACCGCUCACAGUUCGACAACAUUACGAUGAUUCUGUUGCCACAUCAGUCUGUAUGGUAUCCGGACACCACGUUGUACAAUUCCUUGGAAAUGGAUGACGCGAAUUCAAAAAGGAUGAUGAAAGUGAAAAUCAUUUCGGGUGAUAAGAAUAAACCAGCAAUUGUAGAACUUCUUUAUCCUUCAAUGUAUAAAUUUUCUUGUAUGCUCAAUCUUCGCUUUUUUCCUUAUGACAUUCAAAACUGUGAAAUUAUCUUUGGUAGUUGGACACACGACAAUAAAGCAGUCGAUUAUGAAGCAAAUAGCGAUGGUGAGAAUGCUAUAGGAUCGAACCAUCUAUUAGAGAAUGAAGAAUGGCAACUUCUUGGCUCACAAGUCGAAAAGAAAGAAGUAAAGUAUGAGUGCUGCGUGAACAACUACACUUUGCUUGUAUAUAAAUUGCACAUACGACGCAAACCAUUAUUCUACCUUGUAAACCUCGUUGCACCGACCAGUUUUAUCACGUUGAUUGCAAUUUUCGGUUUUUUUAGUACACCGACGAUAAAUGAUAUUCGAGAGGAGAAGAUUUCCCUGGGUAUAACGACAUUAUUGUCUAUGUCGAUUCUAAUUUUGAUGGUAUCUGAUAAAAUGCCUUCGACUUCUUCAUUUAUUCCACUAAUUGGGUGGUUUUACUUCAGCAUGAUGCUUUUAAUCUCAGCAGCAACUCUUGCUGCAACAGUAAUAAACAGUGUUCAAAAAAAAGGCACUCUUGGAAAUCGACCUUCAGAACAAGUAAUGUACUGGGUGCGACUACUUGAUUCACAACUUGCUACACCAGCAAAUCUUGCCCAACUUGAAUACGACUGGUUUGCUGCCGUAAUUGAACGGUUUUGUUUGCUCGUUUUCUUUAUUUUCUUCUCAUUAAUGUCGUUUGGUAUUAAUGCACUGGGGCUUUACUAUUGGCAAUUUACGAAAAUUCAAUAA